UCCGCCAGCAUCACCGAGGAAGAACUGUUCCGAGCCGGACCGGACCCGCAGGUGCGGCUGAGUAGAUCUCGGUGAAGCGGUCGGACAAGUCGGAGCGGACCUUUUUUUUUUUUUUUUUUUUUUGGUCCACCACCCUCUCUCGUUUAAACCCAAAACAAUCCCGGCCGCAUUCGGACUAUGUCCGCUAGAUCCGCUGCGUCCUGCCCGCGGACCAUGGAGCCUCCGGCCGCGUGACGCACACACACCGAGUCGGUGACGGCGGAGAAAAGUGGAAUAUUCUUGUGGAUUUGUUCUGUGGACUUUUCAUCUUUCUCUGGAUUCUUCUUUCUUUUUUUUUUCUUCCAACCUUCCAAGUCCGGAGCUUCUUCUUGGACGCCCGAGGACGCGCGGAGCCUGUAGCCGGGCUGGAGCGCUCCGAGCCGGGCGACUGCGCGCCUGACAGCCGCUGCAGAACGCCGCGGGCGCGUCCCGUCAUGGCGGCGCCCAUCCCGCUCUACCUGGCGGCGGUCCUGCUGGUGUCGUGCGGCGCCGCGCCCUCCGACGUCCCGUAUCGCAUCCCCGAGGAGCAGCCGCCCAACACGCUGGUGGGCAGCUUGGCGGCGGACCGGGGCCUCCCCGACACGGGUCACCUGUAUAAGCUGGAGGUGGGCGCGCCCUACCUGAGGGUGGACGGCAAGACGGGCGACAUCUACACCACCGAGACCCCUAUGGACCGCGAGACGCUGAGGGACUGUCGGAACCUCUUUGAGGGCGACAAGUGCUACCUGGAGUUCGAGGUGUCCAUCACAGACAUGGUGAAGGGAAUGGGCUCAGGGCCCCGCCUCAUCGAGGGCCGCAUCGAGGUCCUGGACAUCAACGACAACACGCCGCAGUUCUCCUCGCCCAUCCUCACCUUGUCCAUCCCCGAGAACACGCACGUCGGCGCCCUCUUCGCCAUCCCCAUGGCGACCGACAGAGACUCGGGCGUCAACGGCGUGGCCGAGUACUCGCUGAGCACGGGGCCCGACGCCGACCGCCUCUUCAGCCUGCAGGUGGCCGUGGACACGGACGAGAAGCUGCCGCAGCUGGUGGUCAUGGGCAACCUGGACCGCGAGAAGAAGGACUCGUACGACCUCAACAUCCGCGUGGUCGACGGCGGGAGGCCGGCCAGGGCGAGCAGCGCCUUGCUGAGGGUGGUGGUCACCGACCAGAACGACAACGUGCCCAAGUUUGAGAGGAGCCACUAUGAGGCCGAACUGCCGGAGAACAGUCCUCAGGGACACUCCGUGCUGCAGGUCCGGGCUAACGACGCAGACACUGGCACCAACGGAGAGAUCGACUACAGCCUUCAUCAGAUGUCGGAGGCUGUCCAGAGGCUUCUACGCAUCGACCGAUCCACAGGAGUCAUCUACGUCAAAAACCAGGUGGACCGUGAGGAAGAGAACUUCCUCAAGUUCUACGUUGUAGCCAAAGAUCGCGGGCCCAACUCCAAGAGCUCCAAAGUUCUGGUGACCCUCACCGUCAGGGACCAGAACGACAACGCUCCCACCAUAGAGAUCCGCGGGAUCGGCCUGGUGACGCACCAGGAUGGCGUAGCCAACAUCUCUGAGGACAUGCCAGUGGGCACGCCGGUGGCACUUGUCCAGGUGUCCGACCGUGACGAGGGGGAGAACGCGGUGGUGACUUGUGUGGUUGCGGGUGACGUACCCUUUCAGCUGCAACCUUUAUUAAGCGAGUCGACAAAUGACAAAAGGAGGAAGUACUUCCUGCAAACGACCACCCUGCUGGAUUAUGAGCGAGUCAAAGAUUACAGGAUUGAAAUAGUCGCAGUCGAUUCUGGCAACCCUGCUUUGUCCAGUGCCAACUCCCUCAAAGUCCAGGUAACAGAUAUGAAUGACAACACGCCCAGCUUUUCUCCAGUCAUGAUGGAAGUGGAUUUCGCAGAAGGCAACCAGCCUGGUGACAAGGUUCUGCAUGUAGAGGCGACAGACGCAGACAGCGGCUCCAACGCCGAGCUGGUCUACAGCAUCAUUGAACGCUCCGCCUCCGGGCUCUUUAAUAUCGACGCCAACACCGGAGAAGUUCAAGUGAACAACCUGCUGGACCGGGAAGAGACGGAACGUUACGAAUUUCGGGUGGCUGCGGCGGACAAGGGCUCUCCGAGCAGAACGGGCACAGCGACAGUAGUGAUCAAUGUCCUGGACCGCAAUGACAAUGACCCCAAAUUUAUGCUCAACGGUUACAGUUUCUCCGUCAUUGAAAACAUGCCUCCUCUCAAUCCUGUUGGUGUGGUCACCGUUUCUGACGUGGACAAGGGUGACAACGCACGAGUGAAGCUUUUUGUGGAGCCGGACAAUGGCAAGUUUGUGAUCCAGAAUGGCACCGGAAACAUCUUGUCAAGCAUCUCCUUUGACCGUGAGAAGGAAAGCACCUACACUUUCCGUCUGAAAGCAGUGGAUUCUGGCGAGCCCCCACGAUCCUCCUAUGUGGGUGUGACCAUUAAUGUCCUGGACGAGAACGACAACGCACCCUAUGUCACCAAACCCGCAAACUCCUCCUACACAUACCUGACCCCUGACACCGCCCCAAAUACCCGUGUAGAGGUGGUAGAGGCCGAAGACAUUGACUCUGGGCCCAAUGCUGAGCUGGUCUACACAAUCACUGGGGGGAACCCGUAUGGACUAUUUCAUAUUUCCCCCACCACGGGCGAGAUCACCCUGGCGCAAGCGUUCACCGGGGAGCACAAUGGACUGCACCGGUUGGUGGUACAAGUCAAGGACAACGGCAAACCACCCCGCCACACGACCGCACUGGUCCACGUUUUUGUCAAUGACACCAAGGCCAACGUGUCACUCAUUGAGGUGCUGGUGGGACAUAGCCUGUACACCCCCCUGGACAGAGACAUUGCUGGAGAUCCCAACUACGCCCUCGCCCAGCGCAGCAACAUCCUGUACGGAAGCCUGGCGGGAAUAGCCGGAGUCAUCCUGGUCAUCGUGGCUGUGGUGGUCAUCCGACACCGGCUCCAAAAGGACACAAAGAGUGGCUACCAGGCGGGAAAGAAGGAGAGUAAAGACCUGUACGCCCCUAAGCAGGGACCCAAGAACUCCAAAGGUAAAAAGAGCAAGAAGAACAAAGCUCCCAAACCUGCUAAACCGCUGGAGGAGGACGAGGAGGCCACCCUUCAGAAAGGCCUCAAAUUCAACCUCAUCAACGACACGGUCAGUGACAGUCCCAGGAUACACUUGCCCCUCAACUACCCCCCAGGAAGCCCCGACCUGGGCCGCCAUUACCGCUCUAACUCCCCGUUGCCCUCCAUCCAACUGCAGCCACAGUCCCCCUCCGCCUCCAAAAAGCACCAGGCGGUGCAGGACCUCCCCGCCACCAACACCUUCGUGGGAACGGGGGACAACAACUCCACGGGCUCGGACCAAUAUUCGGAUUACAGCUACAAGGCCAACCCUCCCAAAUACAGCAACAAACAGAUGCCACAGCGCCGCGUGACCUUCUCCACAGCCAAUCAGGCGCAGGAUCAGCAGCAGGAGGCGGGGCAACAACACAGCUACUACGACUCUGGGCUGGACGAGUCGGAGACGCCCAGCUCCAAGUCGUCGUGUGGCCCUCGUGUGGGACCGCUGGCGCUGCCGGAGGAUCACUACGAGAGGACCACGCCCGACGGCAGCAUCGGAGAGACGGAGCACCCGGAGAACGACCUGAGGCCCCUCCCCGACGUGGCCAUGACGGGCAACUGCACGCGCGAGUGCACCGAGUUCGGCCACUCCGACUCCUGCUGGAUGCCCGGCCAGCCCUCCCCCGAGCGCAAGAGCGCCGCCUUCGUGCCUUACCAGGAGACGGCCGGGCCGGAGCAGCAGCAGCCGGCGGCGGCCAACGCCGGCCCUAAGCCCCUCCCCGCCGAGGAGCGCGGGCCGGGCGGCGGCGGGGCCCGGGUGGCCAACAUGCGCUUCAUGACCCCCUACAGCAGUGCCUAUCCCGCCGGCGCCGACACGUCCGGCAAAGACUGCGGGCUGGAGGAGAUCCCGCUGAGCCAGGCGGCGGAGUACCGCUCAGCCGCCGUUCCAGCCGGCCACGCCUCCAAGAGGGAGAUCUACCUGUGAGGCCCCCUUUCCCCCGCCUCCCCUCACCUCGCUGCCCUGUGCCUGGCUGUGUCGCCACAGCAACUCCCCCCCCUUACACCUUUGCUUUAGACCCCGCCCACCCCCCGGCCCAGCCGCCAAUCACCUGGAAGGAAUGUAAACAUGGUUGUGAUCUUUUACUAGCUACUUGUUGUGAAGCCUCCUCACUCUCUGACACUUUUCUCCCUGCCGGACCUCUUUUUAAUAACCAAGACCUUUUUAGGACCCCGUGUACAGCCAUGUAAAUACGGCGGCGUGGGCGUGGCCGUGGGCGUGG